GCCAUGACGUUUUUGCGUGGCUUCUCCUCAGUGACUUCUGCGCUCCAAGUGAAGUCUGUCUACCACAUUCGCCGUGGACAUCCAAGUAAAAAACGUCUGGGUGAUGCGCUGGAGAGGCUGAGCCCGGGGGUUCCGGUGCGGCAAUGGGCAGCAGUGGAUGGCUUCGACCUGCAAGACCAGGUGCUUGAAAUUGUGGAUUCUGGUGUGGUGGAGCCUGCUGCGCUGCCGCGUGUCCUUGUGAAAGACGAAUGGCGGAAGAAGUGGAGGGAAACCAAGCGUUGGCGACAUGUCCGUAGAGGUCGAGAAGCUCCUGGCAAAAAGCACGGAGGCUGGCUGAAAGAGCUGGACCUUACUCGUGGCAGCUUGGGGCAAGCAUUGUCGCAGCUUCAGGUGUGGGCCGACAUCGAGAGGGAAGCCGAAGAUGCAUCUGAUGCAUAUUUGGUGGUCGAAGAUGACUGCAGGUUUUGGUCUGAAGUCACCAGUGAAUCGCUGCAAGACCAUUUGGCGAAAGUUCCCAAGAACUGGGACCUGAUUUGUUUCAGCGGUGAGGAUCUGUUGGGUGCUCCAGAGACCGAGCUGUCGCAGUUUGAAGCGCUGUGCGUUGCGCCCGGUCUUCGGCGGCUCUAUCCGUGGUAUCGAAUAGGCCCUGCCUAUUUGAUCUCCGCGGCCGGUGCCAAGAAAGCUUUAAGGACCUGCACGCCUUUGCGCUGGCGCCUAGACUGCCAGUUGGUUGGCCGUUCGUCUUCUACGCAGUUUGGCCAGGAGAUGGACGAAAGGCUUUUUGCAGCAACUGCGAAUCUGCGCGGCUACUGUGUGUCACCACCACUGGCAUCAAGACCAAAGAGGUCUGGCAAGGCAAAGGGCGAGGAGGAGUUAACCGACAGUUUGGACUCAGUGGUGGCUUGGUCCAUGAGACUGACCGAUAAACCGUUGCCGAAGGGCUCCAUCUCCCACAUUUGGCACCCAGAUCGGGAGAUUGAAGGACAUAGCAACAUGGUGCCAGAAGCUGUGGAAGUCAUGAACGAGAUUGCAUCAGAGCCUUCCAUUCGGACUGUGUGCGAAGUUGGAUUCAACGCUGGCCACAGUGCCCUGAGAUGGUUGCUGCGUACCAAAGCGAAGGUGUACUCAUUUGACUUGGGAAAUCACCCGUACGCGCGGCCGGCGGCAAUGUGGCUAUCAAAUCAGUUUCCUGGGCGUUUGGACAUGACCUGGGGGGACUCACUUGCGACAGUUCCCGCAUUUCAUCGGGAACAUCCUGAUGUGAAGUGUGAGCUCAUCUUCAUCGAUGGCGGCCACAGCUAUGAUGUGGCCAUUCGUGAUUUGAAGAACUUCGCAGCCUUGGCGAAUCUGAAGAACAAUGUCCUACUAUUGGAUGACACCUUCCUUGAUGAUGUCCGUCGAGCGUGGGAUGAAAUGUUGGACAUGGGCUAUGUUGAAGAGUUUCGCAGCUACAACGGGGAAAUUAGCGUGGGGAGCUAUGGCUUCACCUUGGGAAGAUACACUGAGCGCGCGUCGGAGUUGACGACGUUGAGGGAGACCUGA